AUGUUGACAUUUUGGAUGUUGAGAACAACACUUCCCGAAGGAAAAUACUCGAAGGUAUUCUGAUCAAACACCUCAGUCCGACUUUGAAUUGCAAGGAAGAACUUUCGGAGAUGAUAUCGAAGAUUGGAACAUUAACAUUACCACAAAUAUCUCCAAAAAAUAUCCAAAAAAUAUCCAAAAAACCAACUUUAAAUAAUCAAAAAACACAUCUAAAAAAUUGACAUAAACAACACUCCUCAUCCCCCCUUGUUUAGCGUAAAUACACACAUGAUGAUUAUUCCCCUCUCCAUUGUCUAGUCUUCCAUUUUCUAGUCUUCCAUUGCCUAUUUCUUUUCUUUCCUUUUUCUUUUCUUUUUCUGUGCAAUUUUCGAAUUUAUGAUAUUUUGUAAUUUUGUAUUUUGAAUUUUACAGUCCCUGAUGAUGGUAUAAGUACCGAAACGUCGGAUAUAAACACAUUAUUUUCGAACUUGUCGUAAUUGAUAAUUUGGCUCCAAUUCAAAAACUUAUUAACUUAACAUCUACAAUGCGACUAAUCAACACGUUCCCCUUGCAAUUUAUCAAAAAUUAAAAAAUUUACCAAAUCAACCCAUUAAUAACACUUUCUGCGCUUAAAAAAACCACUCAAAAACCAGAAAAAAAGCAAAAAGUAAAGGUCGUGAAAAAAAUAAAAGAAAAACAACGAUACUCCGCGUGCACGUUGUUUAGCGUGUUUAUUUUGUUGUUUUUUUUGCAGGGUAGAUGAGAGAGUGUGGGAAAUGGAGAGAGGGUUAGAGAGAGAGAGAGAGAGAAAGAGAUAUAUGUGUUUUUUAUUUGAAAAGAAACUAUCGAUUGAACGUUUUUUUUUUUGAACUGAAUCAUUUUUCUGGUUUUGUAUGAUCAUUUUUCAAUUUUCUAAUUUUUUUCAGAGACAACCGUCACAGAAUGCAGGGAUCCCAUCAAAUCCACAAUUGCCAUUUUCUGAUGUAAGUUUAAGAAUAGGCGAAGAUUUUGAGAAAAAGAAUGUAGAUAUUUCAGGCUUUCGAAAACGAAGAUGUUUCGUUUGGACAAGACAUUCAAAGAAAUCAACAACUUUUCACGGAAAUGAUCAGUCAAGUUAGUUUAUUUUGA